AUGAGCCAACCAAACGCCAACCGACGUGCCAUGCAGGCUAACCUGGAGCUCAACGAGUCCAACGAGUCUGGCUCGCAUUGGGGGAGAAACAGAUCCCCUACGAGUACAUCGAAGUCAACCCGUACAACAAGCUCGCCUCACUUCUCUUUCUCAACCCGCGCGGCCUCAUCCCACCACUCUCAUAUCCGGCUGACCCACACGCACGGCCAUUGUACAAGUUCACCGGGAUCCUGGAGUAUCUGGAAAAGGCAUAUCGAACGCACGGCCCACGCCUGCUCCCCGCAGAGCGAGCUGGCAAAAGCGAUCAGGGCAGGACGAGGUGUUCCGUGA